UUACAAAACCCCCUCCAUUUCGCACCCCGUCUCGCUCACCACAGGAAUCCAAAGUCAUCACAGCAGAGAGAGAGAGAGAGAGAGAAGAGAAAGAAGAGAGAGAAAGAGAAAAGGGAGAAGACAGAGAGAAGAGAGAGAGACCAUGGCUUCCGCCGUCGCUUGCAAGGGUGCCGCGCCGGCCAGCCUCCUCAAGUCCGGCGCUCCCGUGGCCUUCUGCCCCCACAACACCACCGCCGUCAUCGCCGACCGCCGCCCGUACAACACCCUGGUCAAGGAGGCCAUCCGCUACGACGACGACCACAGCGGCCGCGACCUCGUCAUCCCCAGCUUCAUCUCGCAGGACGUGCUCGACCCGCUCGGCGCGCCGACCAGCAUGGCCCGUCUGCUGUCUCUGAUGGAGGACGUCUCAACUCAGACCGGCCUGUCCUCCACUGCUGGGGCGUCGCGCCUCGGACGCUGGGUGGCCAAGGAGGACGACGGCGCGGUGUACCUCAAGGUGCCGAUGCCGGGGCUGACCAAGGAGCACGUCCAGGUGCGCGCGGACAAGAACAUCCUGGUGAUCAAGGGCGAGGGCGAGAAGCAGCCCUGGGACGGCGACGACGACUCCGCGGUGCCGAGGUACAACCACCGCAUCGAGAUCCCCGCUGACGCCUACAAGAUGGACAAGAUCAAGGCCGAGAUGAAGAAUGGCAUGCUCUGGGUCACCCUGCUCAAGCUGAAGGAGGAGGAGCGCAAGGACGUCUUCCACGUCAAGGUCGAGUAGUCCUAGUGGUGGUACUGCUCAUGGAGGAGAGUCUGAGAGACGCCUUGUUGAUGUGGUCAUGUUUUGGUGUCUUUCUUCCUUGUUUUGUUUCGUUGAGCGUCUUGGAUCGAGUUCGACUAGGUAGUGGUCUGGUGGUGAAGUCUGUCAUGAACUCUGUUAGUUUCCUCUAUGUUCGGCAUGUGAUGAACUUGCUUUGGUGGUGAAAUUGGUCAUGAAAUUCUGUUGAUUUCCUCAAGUUUGGCAUAUCAUGAACUGAUCUGGUGCUAAAAUUUGUCAUGAAA